AGUGCGAGUUGGAUUGAAGGAAUUAGAUUGUCGUAGAGAAUUACGUUUGAAGCAAUCAUGAAUUUGGCAGCAUUUCUAUUCAGUACUGUAACAGUACUGAUGCAUGCGUAUAUGGAAAGUGAUAGACAAAGUGAUCUUAGUAAAACCUUAAGCGAAAUUAAAGACGAUAUUAAUUUUCCAAGACCAGAGCGAUUUGAUUUUAUUAUUGUUGGUGGUGGUGCAGCAGGAUGUACUUUAGCUGGCAUGUUAGCAGAACAUUUUACUGUUUUACUACUCGAAAAAGGAGGCAGUGCACCACCGACAGCUCGCAACUUAUUUUUGCAACGUUUUGUAGCUCGUGAUCCCGUGGUUAACGACUUCUUUUAUUCGUCUCCGCAAAGUAAUAUGAGCUUAGGGAAUGGCUGGGGCGGGCAACCUGGUGUCCAUCGAAUGGUCAUUGGAAAGAUGUUGGGUGGCUCCCAAUCACAUAAUGCGUUCAAAUACAGUAGAGGAUCACAACAUGAUUACAAUUAUUAUGCGACUGUGACCGGGGAUGAUUCAUGGUCAUGGGAAAACAUGAAAAAAUAUUUUCUUUCCAUAGAAAAUUUUGAUUCGUCACAGAAAUUUGUUAACGAGUCGAAUCGCGCCCAUAUGGGUACGAGUGGUCCGGUUCUACUUGAUUCGUCUUAUGAGACAAAUGCGGCAGGACUUGUGGAAGCGUGGUUCGAAGCCGGAAGAAAUCUUGGCUAUGAGCCAGGAGAUCCCAACGGUGAAAGACAACAUAUCGGUUUUACUGCAUUACAUCGAACAAUUCGCAAUGGUGAAAGACAAACUGCGUACAAUGCAUUUGUGGAACCAUUAGAAAGAGCCAAUAAUCCUAAUCUUGUAAUAAGGCGGUACUCAUUCGUCGAAGAAAUUCUUUUUAAUUCGUCUACAUCUCUUGUCGCGGAAGGAGUUCGCUAUAAAAGACACGGAUUCGCACAAAUUGCUUUAGCUAGAAGAGAAGUUAUUGUUUCAUCAGGUGCGCACGCUUCACCGCUACUAUUGAUGAGAUCCGGAAUUGGGCCUGCAGAUGUUUUAAAUGAAGCCAAUAUACCCGUACGCGCAAAUCUUGCAGUCGGAAAAAAUUUGAAAGCACACGUCUGUGUGGAACCAUUCUUUACAGUGUGGAAUCCACCUACUGGAGUCUUUCUUAGGAUACAACAAUCAGAGUAUCUCGAUGAACUUGAUACAUAUUUACAGACAGAAAGGACAGGUGCUUUCAGUCAGGCUAAUACAACAGCAGGGAACGCAUUCCUUGUGACUAGCAUAGCCCGCGAGAGAAACGAGUCAGACUGGUCUGACCUACAAAUUGUAAUCACACCUCGAAUACCUUUAGAAGAUGAAACACCAAUAUGGGUAGGACUACCAAUAAUCUUAAAUAGAAUUGAUAGCGUUGGCGAAUUACGAUUCAACACUGCUGCGUAUCAGCAACCAACGUGGGAUGAUUCGGAUUUGGCUAUUGUCGACUACAAAAUGUACUCUGCUCCUAUCGAUAUGGAAAAACAUUUGGAAGGCCUCAAGUUGGGAUUCACACUGCUAGAAGAAACAGAGCCAUUCAAAAGUAUGAAUUUCACUUGGCGCAAUCCACAAUUCCCCGCAUGUGACGAGUUUCCAUACAGAUCCGAUGAUUAUUGGCGGUGUUACAUUCAACACGAUACAAUUUCUUAUUACCAUGAUGUAGGAACUUGUAAAAUGGGCAAUGAUGAUGAAGCUAUUGUGGAUUCAAAAUUCAGAGUGAGAGGUGGAAUUCAAAAAUUGAGAGUAGUCGAUGCUAGCAUUUUUCCGCAACCAAUUAAUUCCAAUAUUCAAGCAUCUGUAAUGGUAAUAGCGGCUAAAGCUAGCGAUGAAAUUAUUCAACAGUACAACGGACAAGGAAGUGGUGCAAAUAUGAAUUUGCUCAAAGGACGCAAUUUCUUUAUUAUUUUGGUAGUGAUAUCGAUUCUGCGUUGGUUAACUGUAUAACUAAAUAAAUUCUAUUUGCCAUAUAAGAGCA